UCGCGUGUAUUUUCCACCCUCAAUUUCAGUUGUUCUGCUGCAAUCCUCCAAAAUCUGUGAAAUGCCUCGUGUACAGUAACUCUCUCACUCACUACUCAACUCACCGUUUCACCUGUGCGAGUGCAUCUGAGGCCAGCGCGACGGCAAGGCGAAAGAGGAUGGAGAAGGUGGUAAAUAAUUCCAGUGUCACGUCAAGCAAUAACACACAGGCGAGCCUGAGUCGCAGCAACAGUCGCACGAGUUCCAACUCGGAGCUGGAGAAGGAGCUGAUUGAGCUGGAGAUUGGCGAUGAGGGCGCGGGAAAUGCAAAGGUGGCGGCCAAGGAGAUCUUGGCGACGAAGAAGCGCAUCUCGAGCAGUCGCACGCCCACGCGCAAGGCGAAGAGGGUGCGAUUCUACAGGAAUGGCGAUCGCUUCUACCAGGGAAUCGUGAUUCCCGUGUCCAACGAUCGCUAUCGAUCGUUUGAGAGCUUAGCUGAGGAUCUCACGAGGCUACUAGAGGAUAUUGUGAAGGUACCUGGCGCUGUGAGGAAUAUUUUUACGUUAGACGGAAAGAAGGUGGCGAGCCUGGAUGAUCUCGAGGAUGGCAAGAGUUACGUGUGUUCGUGCAAUACGGAGAAUUUCAAGAAAAUUGACUACAAUUCGCAGCCAAACAAUAAAAAUAACAAUCGUCUCUCGAGAGUCUAUCGGCCGAAUUCGCCGCUGAAGAAUGGCUCAAAUGGAGUAACAGUGGUGAAAUUUGAUGAGCGUGACCGGGUCGUAUUUCCUCGGAUAGUGACGAUAAUACGGAAUGGUGUGAAACCGCGAAAGAUACUCCGCUUGCUCCUCAAUAAACGUAACAGUCCAACGUAUGAGCACGUGCUCACGGCGAUCACGCAAUGUGUCAACCUUGACACGGGAUGCGUCCGGAAGGUCUUUACGCUGGCCGGCUCGCCUGUUCUCACACUGGCGGACUUCUUCUCGCACGAGGACGUGUUCUUUGCCUAUGGCAAUGAGCGGGUGGGCAAUGAUGACUUCGAUUUGGAGCUGGAGGAGAGCAAGACGAUCAGGCAGACGCGGAAGACGUUGCGAAAUGGCGUCGCCAAGGGUGGACCAAAGCCAAAAAUGCCUGUCAAGAGCCACAAUGAGACGUACGAUUGCCUGGAGGAGAACUAUGCCAACACAGGAACGGACAUUCUGCCUCUGGACAUACAGAAUCGAUACACUAUGGGACCAAUUAUUGGUGAUGGCAAUUUUGCCGUUGUGCUGAAGAUCAAAGAGAAGCAGAGCGGCCAGGAAUUUGCCCUGAAGAUCAUUGACAAGUCAAAGUGUCAGGGAAAAGAACACUACAUUGAUGCUGAAAUCAGAGUGAUGAAGAAGCUGAGCCAUCCACACAUAAUGGCACUGUAUAUGGAUAUCGAUACACCGAAGAAUACGUAUUUGGUGCUGGAACUCGUUGAAGGUGGUGAUUUAUUUGAUGCAAUUACUCAAGUUACCCGAUUCUCUGAAGAUCAAUCGAGAAUUAUGAUAAAGCACUUGGCUGCGGCGAUGGCGUAUCUUCACUCCCUCGGCAUUGUUCAUCGUGACAUUAAGCCGGAAAAUUUGCUCGUGAAGCUGGACGGCAAUGGCAUGGUGAUGGAGCUGAAAUUGGGAGAUUUCGGACUGGCGUGCGAAGUGAAUGAACCUCUUCUGGCUGUUUGUGGCACUCCAACUUAUGUGGCGCCUGAAAUUCUCAUGGAAACAGGCUAUGGACUGAAGAUUGACGUCUGGGCGGCUGGAAUCAUUCUCUACAUUCUGCUGUGUGGCUUUCCACCGUUUGUCGCGCCGGACAAUCAACAAGAGCCGCUCUUUGACGCCAUUCUGUCCGGCGUGUAUGACUUUCCGGAGCCCUAUUGGAAUGACAUUGGCGAGGGUGUGCGCGAUCUCAUUGCCAACAUGCUUCAAUCGGAUCCCGAGCUGAGAUUCUCCAGUGAAGACAUCUUGGAUCACUAUUGGGUGCUGAAUAUUGAUGAGGAGAGAUGAGGCGAGCGUGCUGAAGUGCAGUAGAAUUGUCUCAGUUCAGUUUUCUUCCUUUUCCUGCAUUUGCGUGUGUGGUGGGAAAUGCAGGGAUUCUAUGUAUGCACUAUGAAGAUGAUUGUAGAUAAAGUAAUAUACAUAAAUGAUGCUGAGAUAUGAAGGCGAGGACUGUAAAUGGCGAUGAGAAGAGGCACAAAUUGUAGCAAUUCCUUAAUUAGGUAAAAUGCGCGCAAUCACGAGGAAUCGUGAUGGCGAAAAGGUGUGUGUAAAAGGCAAAGUGCAUGAUUGUGAAUGAGUAUUUUUCCUAUAAUAUGAAAGAAAAUCCCAUAAUAUAUACAUUUAAAGAAGAUGAAAAUGAAAAUCUGUAGCUCUUUGAGGAAAAAUGUAUUUGAUUAGAAAUUCUAUAGCUAUGCAUUUAUAUUAUGAGUAUGUAUUUAUCCUAUAUACAACCAACACUACAUAAGUAUUAUGAAACCUAUUGAGUACACUAUGAUAUAUUUUUGCCUAAUAAUCGAUAUAAUAAUAUUUGAGAAAAACCAAACAAUUUAGGAAUUCAGUGUAAAAUUUGUGAAAUAUUCAAUUAUAUUUUUCAUGCAAAGACCCCAUUAUUUGUAAUACCUUUUGCUACCUUUUCUUUUGGCUCUUGACUUAUUCAUACAAAUUUACAACUUGGAGAAGAAAUGGAGAAAUUUCCUUCUUAUGUUUCGGCAAUGCAAAUUUAUGAUGGAACAAUAAAUGAUAAUUUAUAUAUUUGAUAUAUUUACAAAAGAGAGAUGAAAAAAAAUUGCCUGCAAAUUUGGAUGGGGUGGAAAUUUGUUUAUAAACAUAUUUUACAUUUUAGAUUUUAGAGCGGUAGGAAUUGUAGCAAUGUACAUUUUGUAAUUGAUUUUUUGUAGUGUGAA